GUGUGACGAAUGCAGCAGCCGGUGGGUGUGGGCUAUUUUCUCAGAAAAGAGCCUGACAAACAAGCAGGGAGGAAUGUGUGCCCUGUUAUGUGGGAUGGAUCAGGUGUCGCUGGCUGUGAAGGGCUGGUAUAAAGGACAGGGCUGCUAUUCCCCAGUCAGAACAGAUAUCAGCACUUCAGUGGACUCUGAAGCAUCAACUACCAAAGCAAGAGGCUCAGCCCUCAGCCUCAAGUUAUUGGCUUGUUAAAGCCUAUAGGGAAAUAAUAAAAGUUGUCAAUGACCCACUGCGAAGUUUGAGAAGGCUGUGUUGAAAAAUAAGCAAACCUUUUCAAGCUCAACAUUUAAGGAGAAGCCUAUUCCAACAUGGACAUCCAGAGGACCGGCUCGUUGGUGCGUCCACCCAGCCCCAUGGAGAGCCUGGAGAAGCAGCUGAGCUGCCCUAUCUGCCUGGAGAUGUUCACCAAGCCCGUGGUCAUCCUGCCCUGCCAGCACAACCUGUGCCGUGGCUGUGCCAGUGACCUCUACGACUCACGCAACCCCUACCGCUUCUCGGGCGGCGUCUUCCGCUGCCCCACCUGCCGCUUCGAGGUGGUCCUGGACCGCCAUGGCGUUCACGGACUUCAGCGCAACCUGCUGGUGGAGAACAUCAUUGACAUCUACAAGCAACAGCAGGAGGGUGGCGGGGGUAGUGGCAGCGGAGACAGCACAGAGACUCCACUGAAGCCCAAGGACUCCAAGGAACCUAUGUGCCAGGAGCACGAGGAGGAGAAGAUCAACAUCUACUGUGUGACCUGCCAGAUGCCCACCUGCUCCAUGUGCAAGGUGUUUGGCCAGCACAAGGACUGUGAGGUGUCACCACUGGCCAGUGUCUACCAGGUGCAGAAGGGCGAGCUGAGCAACGCUAUCGACACCCUAGUGGCAGGCAACGGGCGCCUUCAGGCCCUGCUCAACCAGAUGGAGGAUACAUGUCAGGCGGUGCAGGACAACGCACAGCGUGCCAAGCAAAGCCUAGGCGAGCGCUUUGACCUGCUCUACGCAGUGCUCGAGGAGCGCAAAGGCCUGCUGCUGGAACAGAUCGGCAAGGAGCAGGACGAGAAGGUGACUGCGUUGCGGGCGCUGGCCCAGCACUACAGCGAGCGACUGCAGGCGGGAUCAGAGCUGACGGACACAGCGGUGCGGGCCCUGGAGCAGAGCAGCGCCGCAGAGUUCCUGCUGGCCUCCAAGGGCCUUAUCACACAGACCAAGGACACCGCCAAGAUCUCCCUGGGCGAGGAGAGGCCCGAGCCGGGCUUUGAGAAGAUGGACCAUUUCACGCUGUCCACUGAGCAUGUGGAGGCCAUCCUGGCCAAGAUGGACUUUGGAAUGGUCGAAGACGAUGCAUUCGAGGAUGCCGAAGGGGACGAAGAAGAGGAGUGAUGAAACUGGAAAAUAUACAAACUGAACAAACUAUUUACUACUUUUGAAGGUUCUUUUAACCUGAAUGUUCCUGGCAGGGACUCUAGUUGCAAUGUUUCAGUGAUAUUAAGAGAAGUUAGGAAAAAAGUUUUUAAAUGUUUUUAUACGUAGUUUAUUGACUUGGAUACCAUGGCUUUCUCCAGUUUUGAGUUUAAUAUUUUUUUAUUUUUUUGUACUCUUAACUUUGCCUUUGUAAACUAUAAUAUUUUUUUUUAUACUUUUGUAUUUCCAUAUCAGAUUUAUUCUGAUCUAUUUUAUGUACUUUAGGUUGAAUAUCCUCUGAUUGUUUACACUUGAAUACUUUAACACAUGUAAGGAUUGAGAUGGGAAAGUAGUUUUGAUUUGUAGUUUCUCAUUGACAUCUAGAAUGCCUAUGGUUGUAUCAAAUUGAUAAAUUAUUUUGUGCUCUAACCUGGCAAGAGAAUAUUUCAACAGAUCUGAAAUAAAGGGUGUUUCAAAUGA